AUGCUCAGAAGCAGGAGAAACCAUUGGUCACCUGGGGAAUCUAUAGCUCCAGAAGCUAAGAAUCCUGCUCAUUCCACCAAAGGGCCAAGAAGUCAGCGAAAGUUGAAACCGAAUGGAGGUGGAAGAGCUUCAUUAUGGGCUGAGUUAAAUGACCUCUCUGACUCUAUCGACUCUGAAUGGAUCAUCUUGGGUGAUUUCAACUGCUUAGCGUCUGCUGCUAAAAGGCUUAAUAGAAGAACUGUCACAGCUGGUAAUACAAUUGAGCUACAGUCUUUUAUGGCAAAGCAUCAUAUCACGGACCUGCCUCACUCAGGAAACUUCUUUACCUGGACCAAUAAGCAUCAGACUGGAUCGAGAAUAUGUUCUAAAUUGGAUAGAAUCUUGGUCAACAGUUGCUGGAUGACAUCUUUGCAAGCACAUGCUUCUUUUCUUGCUCCAGGGGUAUCUGAUCACUCACCAGGCAUUGCGGAGCUCUUACCUGAGAAGGUCGUUCAUCCUCCGUUUAGAUUCUGCAACUUUUGGACAAAUGAAGAUGACUUUAUCCCUACCGUGUCUGAUUCAUGGCUGUCAAAUCUUCCAUAA